AUGGAUGUCCCAAACGUCGAUGCCAUAGCCAGGCGUCCCGGUUAUCAGUUCCAUGAGCCAACAUCACAGUACCCUGGAAGACAAGACUACAUCAAAACAUGUGUUCCUCUAUAUAAUGCUGCAAUUAAUGGAGAUUGGGAAGCUGCAAAUGCCAUCCUAAGUCAACGACUAGAGUUGGUACGGUUUAGCAUCACAGGAAAUCAUGAAACGGCACUUCAUAUUGCAGUAUCAGCCCAGAACACCAAGUUCGUGGAAGAACUUUUGAAAGUAAUGAAUGAAGAGGAUCUAGAGCUUCAAAAUAAAAGCGGUAACACAGCCCUAUGUUCGGCAGCAGUAGCUGGGAACAAAAAAUUGGCUGAGAUUUUGGUGAAUAAGAACAAGAAAUUACUAACAAUCCCAGGUAGUGAAGGAAUGAUGCCACUCUACAUUGCUGCUUUAUUUGGUCACCAUGAUACGGUGGAAUAUUUGUAUGAUAAUUCUGAAAAUAUGACCACUGAAAAUUGGACAAAUGAGAAUCGAGGUUGGGUCCUACUGAAAUGCAUUGAGGCUGAUCUUUUCGGUAAGCAUUCUCUUGUUUCGUAUUUGUCUUUAUUCACCUAG